AUGGAAUUUUUACAUUCAAGGCUAUUUGCUGAUACUCUGCCAAUUUAUUGCCGUGGAUGUCCUCACUAUAAUACAAUUCACAAUGAUCCUAAUAUGGAAAAGUUGUUAGAUGAUGUCUAUUUUAAGCCAAAUGUGUCAAUAAACCUUUACUCACCAGGAAGAAAAGCUGCAGUUGAAAGAGCAAUAGAAUUUGGAUACAUAUAUGAAGAUGAGCCUUCUAUUUUGAGAUUUGCAUCACCUUUAUAUGAGAGAUCUUAUUUCCUUGCAAAAUAUGGGAAGCAACGACCUGAACUUUUUCAAUACAACAAAUUUGAAGAAUUUAUCAAAGAGGCAAUUCAAAGAUUAAAACCGUCACAACUUCAAAAUACAAUGAGUUAUGGUGUUAGGGAUAAAAUUUUAGAGCGUCAACUUCAAAUGGAGAUGUAUGUUACCAUACAAUCAUUACUGCCUGAAAGUUAUUUUAUAAGUCCUGAUGUUGGACCAAAACCGGGUUCUGAUGGGUUUGUAGAUUUUUUUAUAAAUGGGGAUUUAUCAUGGUUUAUAGAAAUACUUGUGGAGGGACAGGGCACCAAGGAACAUUUUAAGCAUUUUCAAAUAGGAGGGAAAUACCAUGUUAUGCUGAAACCAAAUUCAAAAUAUGCUCUAAUUGAUUUCAGGGAAUCAAUAAAUGUAAGAGUUAUAAGAGAGAAUUGCCUUUAUGUUUUGUUUUUAGAUGGAUAUAAGAAAGCAAGGAUACAAUAUGAAAAUGCAGAAAUUAAAUUUUAUAAAGGUAUAUUUGGAAACUCAUUGGCAUGGAUAUCUACCAAUAAUGUGGAUUUUGGAGCUGUGGCACCUGAAUUGACAAAAGCUGCGUUGAAAACCCCAGAUAUAAGUAAAGUUACAAAUGUAGAAGAAUUAUUACCUAAAAUUGGAGUUGCCAGAAGAAAAAACAUUAGUUUAAUGACUGCAACAAGAUGGCUGAAUGUUCUUGGUUACUCAUUUCAGCAACAUCAUAAAGGUCUUGGUGAAAUAAUGUUUGGUGACUUGAUGUCACGUAUACAUUUUUUUUUUAAAUUGCAUGAUAACGAUAAUGAUGGGUAUCUUUUAAAAGAAGAAAUAUUACAAAUGUCAGAAAGUUUCUUAUUUAUAUUUAGAAAUCGACAAGAUGAUAGACAUCUUAAUUCUGUUUCGAAUUUCAUAAAAAAUUCUUUUGAAUUUUCUGAUCCAUUACAACCAGAGAAAAAUCAAUUAAAAUUUAAUAACCAUGAUAGUAUAAAUUCAAAGUUACAAUCCCAAAACGAAAAUGUGGAGGAUAAAAAUGAGAGGGAUGAAAACGAGGAAAAUAAAAACGAGGGAGAUAAAAACGAGAAAGAAGAACAACGGCUAAAAGAAAUCAAAGAAAAGAUUAUUAUGAAUGAUACAGAGGAUUAUAGAAUGUCCCUUCCAUCAUUUAGAAUGGUUAUUUUGGCUGAUGCCUACCUCGAAGAAUUUUUUGAUAAAGACUUUGCUGAAUCAUUCAAAUUUAUUGUACCAACUGAAGAAAGACAAAGAAGUUUUGGUCGUGAAAUAUUUAAUUCUUUGAUGACAGAUGGUAUGAAAAUGGCAGGAAAUUUUGGUAAAAGAUUGAAUUACCGAUUAUCAAAUUCACACAACAAUAAUAAUAAUAAUGAUUCUACUGUUUCACCUGAAAGUGAACCUUUACUUGUGACAACACAUGGUACUCUUCUAUCAAAUGAGGGAAUAUGUUCUGGUGAUACAUCAUUCAUUAUAUUAAGAAAUAAAACUGUUACUGGACUUGUUGAGAUGAUUCGACAAACUCGUGUUGUUCAAGUUAGAGGUCCCCCAUAUUCUGGAAAGACUAGUUUAGCACAAGCAACUGAAAUUUAUAUCAGAAAGAAGUAUCCAAAAACACAAGUCAUAUUUAUUACUUUUGCUGCUGCCAAUGAGGAUUAUGAAUUUGAGAAAUAUAUUAAGGAAAAAUCUGGUAAAUCAUGGGAUGAAUUUUAA